AAAGAAAAGAGAAAUACCACUCAGCUGCCAGGCUUAGACUCGAACAGGGUCAGUCAAGAAAUUAUAGACAAAGCCCUUGGGAAACACAUUACACCCGUCACGCUGAAAUCCACGAUCAAAAGGAACCCCCUAUAUAGUGAUAUCCAGGUGGAUGACAACUGGGAGAAAAAGAAAAAGACCCCCUCCUGGACCAUCCAAGAUUAUGACCAACAAUCCCUGCAGUCCAACUUGGCCAGCCACAUGAAGGAAAAUCCUAAUGAUCUACGGUAUUGGAUGAGGGAUAUUUAUACUCCUGGGUAUGAUACACUGUUGAAAAAGAAAGAGAGAGAAAAAAAGCAUUCCAAAUGUUGCCGAAUCAUCUUGCUUGUGGUACUAGCUGUUUGCAUCCUGAUUACCAUAGUCAUGCUCAGUGUUUUACUUACUUAG